AAUAAAAACGAAGUUCGGGUCCAUGGCGAACCGGGACGGCGUCGUGCUCCUGUACACGGCCUCGCCGGGCGGGACGCUCAAUGGCCCGGGCAACAUGCUCGUCCUCAACCGCGAAGAGCAGGAGUACCAGAUGGACAUGCAGCGCGGCCGGCUCCAGCGGCUCCUCAGCACGACCAUCUUUGUCUGCUUCUUCAUCCUCUUCCUCGAUGGCACGAACCGCAGCCAGCGGCUCGCGAAAAAGACGACGUCGCACCAGAACACGCAGUGGCCGUACACGGACAAUGACACGGAGCGAGCGACUCAAAUCGCAUAUUUCCAGCGCCUUUUGGGCCUCGAGAUGGCCGACGUCCAGCCGCUCGGCCACAUGAACAAGAGCGAAAACGUCUCGGGUAUCUACUCGGGGCUCUGGGCGCCGUUGCAGGCCGCCGACUACAAGACGCAGGCCGCGGCCAACGAAGUCGGGCGCCAUGUGCAUCCGCAAAUCCAGCCGUACGCGCAGUACGACGCCAACCUCAACCCGUACACGGCCGACGUCGCGUCCUUCUCCCCCGGCGGUGUCUUUUGGCUCGUCCUCACGACCAAGCCGACGCCGGUCGCGGAGAUGAACGACGAUGUGGCGUACGUGACGGGCCAAGUCAUCAUGCACGACAAGCAGUCGACGCUGGCCAUGACCAUGUUCAACGUGCAAGGAGUCUUUCUCCGGCGCAUUGGCCGCCUCACGCUCUAUGGCAACCUCCCGGACGCGCGAGUCGAGCUCGUGUACCCGUCGAUGACAGCGUCGACGUCAUCGCCGGCGACGAUCACUGCCAAAGGCAACGCUUCUUCCUCGUCGCUUACAUCCACCAACAAGUCGGCGCCGCUCGACGACGAGCAAAUGCAUUUUGAAGUGUCGCCGCCCCGCUUCUCCAUCUACAAUGGCCAGCAGCAACAGCGCCUUCGCACGGGCCAGUCGCUCGUCGACCAGUGCAGCUACACGCUCGACAUGAACAUUGGAUCGCCCGACAUCAAGAAGGACGCGUCGGCCGCACCCGUCACCAUGCUUCACCAGCACUCGGUUGCCGGCCUGAACGGCAUUGUCGGCAGCGAAGGCUGUCAACUCUACUGGAGUGCCAACGUCACGUACGUUGGCGAGAACUUUGACGUGUUCUUCUCGAAAGCGUCGCAUUAUGCCAUCUUGAUGGCGCUCCUCGCCAUGUUCCAAAUCUACCUCCUCCUUCGGCAGCUGCAGCUCUCGUCGACGCAAGCCAUGGCGGCCAAAGUGAGUCUUCUCACGGUCGGCGCGCAAGCCAUUGUCGACUCGUACCUGUGUCUCGCGCACUUGACGGUCGGCAUCGUCGCGCAGCAGAUCUUUACGCUCUUUGCGACCGUCUCGUUCUUUGAGCUCAUCAUUUUCUCGAUCUUUGAGAUGCGGUAUCUCUUGGUCAUCUGGAAGGCGCGCCGGCCGCAGAACUUUACCCAAGGCUGGCUGCUCAUGCGGCGCGAGCUCACGACCUUGUACUCGCGCUUUUAUAUCUCGCUCCUCACGGGUCUCUGCCUCAUUUACUAUGCGUGGCACUAUCUCAAUGUGCUCGUCUUGCUCGCGUUUUCGUUUUGGGUGCCGCAGAUCGUCCACAAUGCCCACCGGGAAGUGCGCAGUCCGUUCGAUCUCGUGUACAUCCUCGGCAUGUCGGUCUCGCGGCUCUUUCUACCGCUCUACUUUUACGGCUGCCCCAGCAACUUUUUGUCGGCGCUGCCCGUGUACCAAAUGCAAGUGCAGCCAGGGAUGUGCUACCUCCUCGUGGGCUGGGUCGCGUUGCAAAUUGCGGUGCUGCUCUUACAGCAACGCUGUGGCCCGCGCUUCUUUGUGCCAGCGCGCUUCCUGCCCGUCAAGUACAACUACGAACGCCGCAUCAACGCCGACCAAAUGUCGCUCUUGCGGGCCAACCAUGGCGACGAGAUUGAUUGCGUCAUCUGCAUGGUCGAGCUGGACAUGGACGCCCGGGACUACAUGAUUGCGCCUUGCGACCACAUCUUUCACCGUCCGUGCUUGCAAGAGUGGAUGCACGUCAAGAUGGAGUGCCCCACGUGUCGCUGCGCGCUCCCCGAACCCUAGGUUGUCGACACGUUGUAUAUUUAUACAAGACACAUGUGCGCUUGUGUAACUCGAUGGCGAUGAGCU